UCCAUCCUUUCCUCCUCCUCCUCCUCCUGCUGCUGCUCCUUUGGGGCAGCGGGCGAGUCUCCUCCUCCUCUUCUUCUUCCUCCUCCCCAUAUCCUUCUCCAGCCGGGCUCUGCUUGCUGCUGCUGACGUGUCUUGCUCCAGCUUCCCCCCGCCCGGCCGCCCCACGCGCCGCUUCUUUUUUUUUCGGCGCCAGCCCGGCAGCCUCGCGAAUUCCCAACAUGGCUGCUGCGGCGCGGCGGCGGCCCCUCGCCCUGCCGCCUUGGCGGAUGCUGCUGCUGCCGCCGCUGCUGCUGCUCUUGCUGUGCGCCCAGCUGCCCCCCUGCGCCCAGUCCGGCGGGGCCCCGGACCGCCGUUUCGCCGAAUGGAAGCGGUGCGCCGACCCCGAGUGCAGCAGUAAGUGGCGGGGAGGGAAGAGGCAGGCGACCGGGUAUCCGCCGGGUCCCUGCGACUGUCUGCCCUUGCAAAGGCGGUGGCGGCGGCGGCAUCUCCGAGGCCGCGUCAGAGAAGAGGCUCUGGAUGGGGGCCGCCUCCUGCCUCGCAGGGUGGGGUGGGUUGGGGGGGGGAGAGCCGCGAGGGUGCUUCUGCCCCACCGCUCAUCCCACGUCCCUGGAGGGACGGCGGGGAUCUCCAUCUCUCCCCGUGUCAUUUUACACCCUUGUCAUUUUAAAUAUCCGUCCACGUUGCCUUGGGCCCGCUGCUCCUGGCAGGGUGGCCCCCGCUUGCCACGGUUUAGCUUGUGCCAGAGCGAAACUUGCAACAACAACAAACAAACAAAAAAAACACCACCCGAGCUUAAUUGAGCACAGUGGGAUUUAUUUUUGAGGGGGAGGGGUUUUGGGUGUGAAUGAGGUGUUUAGGAUCGGAGCUAAAACUGGGAAGUGUUGCCUCAGUCUCUCACCCCCCCCCCGCCGUCAAAUGCGCUCUUGCAGGUUGCUACCUGUCUUCUACUUUGUAAAGUAGCGCGUGCUUUAUUCCUUCCCUAUGUGGAGACGGCGAUAAUUAUCAUUCCGAUCACCAUUAUUACUCUUUCUUAUACAUUGCUGACUUUAACUGGAAGCCGGGGGGGGGGGCGAUCCUUUUACAUUUUAUCCCUCCCACCCACCGAAACAGCUCCACCACGCAGUCUGAGAUGUCCCACGGUGUCGAAGGGUCUUAGGCUGCAUCUCUUACGUUGCCCAUGACUUUGGUGGUUGUCACCCUAAAAAAUUGUUGCCCCAAAUGAUUUCAUGGGCUGUUUUUGUUUGUUUGGGCUAACCCAGAGGAGGUUCUGAUUCAUCACCCAGUAAAAACUUAUUGCUGGACCUGUUUCUCUUACUGCUGUCUCUGUACUACUAUUGUUGUCACCAGGAAGAUUUGCUUUUAAUAAGCAUCAAGUACAGUGGUGCCUCGCAAGACGAAAUUAAUUCGUUCCGCGAGUUUUGUCGUCUUGCGAUUUUUUUCGUCUUGCGAAGCACGGUGUCGGAAAAGUUUUGGAAAAGCUUCAAAAAUCACCAAAGUCUUCAAAAACCUCAAAAAAGGCUACCACACCGCGUGCUAUGAGUUGCUCCUCGAAGUCAAGUCGCAACUGUAUUAACGGUGUUAAGAAAAAGGAAACAAACUUGCAAGACGUUUCCGUCUUGCGAAGCAAGCCCAUAGGGAAAAUUGUCUUGCGAAGCAGCUCAAAAAACAAAAAACCCUUUCGUUUUGCGAGUUUUCCGUCUUGCGAGGCAUUAGUCUUGCGAGGUACCACUGUAUUUGUCUUCCUUUCUGCUUGUAAACAAACCUGCAUCCUUUAGAAGCUGUUUUUUAGGAGAAGCAAAUUCUCGACCUCAUUCUCCUCUUCUUCUCAUUUUAUUGUCCUGUAUCAAAUUACUCAAAGAAAUCUGAUAUAUGAAAUUCAUUUUCUUGGAAAUAUUCAUCUAUUUGAGUGGUUCUUAGCUAAUUAGAUGACUGCAUUUGUUUGUUUAAAAUGUAUUGUUCUGAUCCAGAACUCAUUGUAAGAAUAUCUCAGACGUUUCAAAUUUGUGGGUUCAGAUUCAGUCCGUUUAAUUUUUGUUACUGACAGCCCACUCCUCAACUUGUUUAACUGCAAGGAUGACUUCCUUAUGUCCUGUUAAAUGUGCAUAGGGAUUGCACCUGUACCUAUGCAGGCUUACUUGGUAGUUAGUCCCACUGUGUUCAAUGGUGUGACAUUUGAGUAUAGGAUUGCAGCUAUAAACUGUGAUCCUAUCCCCCAUUAAACUUAGUGACACUUAUUUUCAAGUAAGCAUGCAUACAUUUGUGCUGUUGGUUUGACAUUCCUAGACUAAAAAUGUAGACUUUACUAUUCAGUUAAACUAACUAUACAGUUGUGUGUGCUCAUGCAUGUGUAGAAGGACUCUCUAGCUACAUCACCUUUCAAAGAUAAGCUUUUGUGAAUAAUAAAAUAGAAUUUGGAACCCUUUCCAUUGAUUUUGUUUAUUUAUUAAAAUAUACUUGUUCUGCCUUUCUUUCCCAAAUAAAUUAAUUUAACUUAAAUUGAAACAAAUGUACAAUAUUAAGGUUUUAUUUUUUUAACAAAAUCAACCCAGUUCAGCAUGCUCUUCACAGGGCAACACACUUAGCAUUCUCAUUGUCAAUGUUUAGGAAACACUCAGUUUUUGUGGUUAAAUUAACAUCUAGUGUUGUGCUCAUAUUUUAGUGGAGUGACUGGUAUAGGACUUGUUCCUCUUAUUGUAUUACUGGAUGAACUUUUUAGGAACUUUGUAUUGUAUUUUGUUUUAAGCUUAGUUUUAAAUUGAUUUUAUGUUUAUUUUGUUGGUUUGAGAUUUCUUUUUUGCAUAAAGGAAAUAACAAACAUAUUUAAUAAAUAAACAAAUAGCACCCUGGUGCAUAAUGCAUAUGACUACAUGCAUUUGGGACAUAGUGAAGGAUUGUGAUACUGGGAUAUAUUCAUGGAGUCUAUUACGUUUUUCCAGGAGAAACGUCUUCAAUAAAAUGUACAUUGAAACCUCAUUAUGUCCUUUCAUUGCCUUAACAAACAUUUUAAGACACAAAGUAACUUCGAUACCAGAUUUUCACCAGCCAUAACUUCUCAUUCCCGGGCUACAUUGUUUCAUACACAUGGACUGCAAGUUAUAGACAUGUUUCCUUUUCUGUUGAGAAAACGGCUCUUUAUUUACUUUGCCAUUUUUUUCUCAUUUUCUUUCAACAGUGCUAAUGUGUCGAGGGAAAGCAGUGAAGGAUUUUAAAGGCCCAGAUUGUCGUUUUGUAGAUUUUAAAGAAGGUGAAUCGGUGUACGUGUAUUAUAAAUUAACCGGGAGAACACAUGAGCUUUGGGCUGGAAGUGUAAGUUUUUAAGUACUUUAUAUGGUUUAACACAAAUUGGAAAAAGCAGUAUGGGUGGUAUUCAAUGAAGCUUUACUCAGAGAAGGUGCAUUGAAAUUAAUGAACAUGACUAAGUUAGGUCCAUUAAUUUCAGUGGGUCUACAGUACUCUGAAUAAAACUUAUUAGAAGUGACAUGGGGUGGUAUUCAACUAACAUUUUAAUUUUUCUUUCUUUCUUUCGCUGCCUCCCCCAGAGAUGUUCACAGGUAUUUUCACAUUGUGCUACAGUAUGUUAUCUUACAUAUUCAUUAAAUAAUCCCCACUUUGCCAAGAAGUCAAGGGAUACUGCUACAGCCUUUUAGUUUCCUCUGCAUGAGAGAGCAUAAGAGACUUGUUAACUUUGAAUUCUACAAGCAAAGCCUAUUGGAAGUAAAUGAAUGCUUACAAAGAGGCAAUACAAUCACCAAGCUGCUUCCAAUCCAGCUAAACUCACCACCUCUGCAGUUUUGUUUUGGUUUUUUUUUUGCACUAGAAAUAGCACACCAUCAGCUUCUAAUGCAGAAGAGAUUCUGCCUCAACUCAGAAAACUUUGAGUAAAUGCAAAUCUACCAGAUCACCCAAGCGAGACAGCAGAUUCCUGUUACUUAUAAUAGAAUUGUAGAGCUGCAUGUUUGAGAGUGUGAUUAAGUUCCCUGGAAAGGUGGUUUUGGUUGAGAACUUCACAAACCCUUGAACAGAUGAGGUGGUGUUUUUGUUGUUGUUGUUGUUUUGCUUCAACUUGACUUAAAAUUCUGUUUGAUAUUUAAAUGUCAGCACCUAUGAUUGAAAAGUCCAGUAACUCAUAUUUUCCACUGGGUAUUUGGAACCAUUUUUGCAUGAUGUGGGCCUUCACUGCUUUGGAAUCCACACAUAUGACUCUUCUCAGUCCCAGAGAUUUCCCUGGAACGGUCUAUCUCUACUCAUGCCUCCAAGUUUUAUUUUAAAUAUUUCUCCUUUGUUCAGAAGGUAAAUAGUCAGGGGGUUAAUGGUAACUGUUAAAUUCAGGAAUCUCAGCUAAAGCAUCCAUGACAGAUGGCCAUCCAACCUUUGCUUAAAAAUCUCCAAGGAAGGAGAGUCCAUUGGUAAACUAUCAUUUGCAAUUAAAAAAUGCUUCUUUUGUGGCAUGUAUUACCACAUUUUCAAGGGGUUUUUUUGUGUUUAAUGGUAGCAUUUAUUUUGAAAAUGGCUUGAGCCACUAAGUAUAUAUUGCCCACAAUUGCAUGUUACUUUUACCUGUUUCUGCCAUCAACUUUUGCUGAAAAGCAUUGUGUACUGCUUAACCCUCUCCUACUCUGCCAUUUGUCCAUUCAGAAUUGUGUCUCCAUGGGAGGAAAAGAUUUUGGGACCCUGUAAUUUCUCCCCUACCCCAUGAUCGGGAAAUGGAGAGCAGUUUGGGGUGACUCUUACAACUACAAAAUCUGCAAUUUGGUCCUGAAAAAUUUGGAAGGAUAUACCGCAAAGGCAGUAUUGCACAAGAAAAAUAUUUUAAUUGCAUUCUGGAGCCUGAUAAAGGAUCUCAUCUGUUUCAUAUUGGGAGCAUAAAUUGUGCUUUCUAAAAAUGUGGUACACUGACAACACAAAAGAACUAACAAUGGCUUGGAUACAGAGACAUGCACACUUGAAUCCUAUUUAAGGGCGCUAGCUCAAUGGCAGAGCAACUGUUUUGAAUGCCAGAGAGCCCAGGUUCAACCCCCACCAUCUCCACAUCUAACACAAAUGGGAAAAAACUGUAUGGGUGGCAUUCAACUAAGAUUUGUUCACAAAUAGGCCCACUGAGAUUAAUGAACAUUACUAAGAUAGGUCCAUUAUUUUCAGGGGGUCUACUCUGAGUAAAACUUACCAGAAGAGCUAUGUGGUGGUAUUCAACUAACAUUUUAAUUACUCUUUCUUUCUUUCACUGCUUCCUGCAGAGACGUUUAAAGGUAUUUUCAUUGACAUUGCUCUGUGCAUUUUAAAACAUAUUCAUUAAGUACUCCACACUUUGCUGAGAAUUCAAAGGGUACUCCUACAGCCUAAGUUUCCUCUGCAUGAGAGAGCAUCAGAGACUUGUUAUUUUUUAAUUCUACAAGCAAAGCCUAUUGGAAGCAAGUGAGGCAACAAAACUACAGUGGUACCUCGGGUUAAGUACUUAAUUCGUUCCAGAGGUCCAUUCUUAACCUGAAACUCUUCUUAACCUGAAGCACCACUUUAGCUAAUGGGGCCUCCCACUGCCACCGCGCCGCCGGAGCACAAUUUCUGUUCUCAUCCUGAAGCAAAGUUCUUAACCCAAGGUACUAUCUCUGGGUUAGCGGAGUCUGUAACCUGUAGCGUAUGUAACCUGAGGUACCACUGUACUUGCAUUAGAUUCCUAGAUAGCAACAGUGUAGACACAUACCACAAUCACCAAGCUGCUUCCAGUUCAGCUAAACUCACAACUCUCUCUGUGUUCCCAAUUUAGUAAGUGCUAGUUACUUUCUUUCCUACUCCUAUACCAUGAGGAGCACUGGUCUUGAAUCCAAUUCUUGUGGGUAAAUUUCCCUUUCAGAAGAACAUUUAAUGUCAGUAGCUUCCAUUGAGGAACGUUUUGUUUUGUUUUUGCAUUACUCGGUAUAAGGCUGCUUCCUAGGUUUCUACUGAAAUGAAUGGGACAAGUUAACAGCAACUAACAUAACCAAUGGAUCUUAAGUACUACUCACUAGAUUGAGGCCUCUGUUAAGGUGAUGGUGGCUUUCAGUAAACAUGAUAGACCUUACUUCAAAUCUUACUUCCUCUUUGCAAUGAGAUGUCAGAGAGGUAAGAUAGACUUAUAGAUACCUACUAGGCUAUAAUUUGUCACUGCUAAAUAACAAAUGAACAGUCCCUUAAAGUUGGGUAUUCUGACUGCAGGCCUGUGCAGAGCUUGUCAGAGGCCUAGGAUGUUGGCAGGACAGUGUAAGUCCAGGGCCCUGGUGGGCUUCUGCAGGCGACAGCCCUUCGAGGCCAAGGAAAAGUGUACCUGGCUGUCCCCUGCCCCUUACACAGACUUGUCUGGUUGAACGAAUUCCUUGUAGCAUGCUGAGCAUAUUAUUUUUUUUCCUUUGUAAAGGAAAGUCUGCCACUAUGAGCCAUUACAACACCAUUACAACUGCUUUCACUGGAAUACACAAGUGGGUUUAUGGCACAACAGACUCUCAGCCAGCAAUAGAGUCCAAUUAAAGUUGCACAGUUGAAACAGGAAAAGCACUGCAUGCAGUGAAAGUGGCAGAAUGGAAUCAUUGUGUUCUUCCAGUAAUUCCCCUCUGACAUUACUGUGCCACAAAUAACCUGGAUAAUUAGGAGGCAUCUGUUUCCAGGCUUGCCAGCGCUUUAUAAACACAAAAUAUGAAGACUUGAGAGAGCCGGCUCUGAAACAAAAGGCUGGAUAAUUAGAGCCUGAAGUUUUUAAACAAAAGAAAUAAUUAGAAAGUUCACACCCACAUUAGCCAAAUUAAUGUGCAUACAAACAGCUGUAUACAAUAAUAAGUUUAAGGUAACUCAGCAAAGGUCAAGGUGAGAGUACAGUACAAUAUCUUAAAUCCUUUGUAACUGAUUACAAAGUUAAUACAGGAAAAUUGUCCAUUCCUGCUACAAAAAAGAUGCAGUCCAUGUCAAGAACACCUAUUGUGCAACCUUGACUUUGGAUGUUACUAGUUUGCACCAAUAUUUAAGAAUAAAUAUUGAACAAAGGGAAUAACACAUCCAGCUAGCAUUCUGUUUGUUCAUAGAAGAGUAUUAUAUACUAGACAGAUGUUCAUUUUACUGUACCAUCCUAUAAGCCAGAUAAAUCCCUGGUUUAAUUGCAUACAAAAGUGAUGCUGAUGCUUGGCAUUGUUUUUCCAUCUCUUCGUAGGCCUGGCAUCUAAGAGUUUGAUGCAGACUCCUUAAUAAUACAGUGGUACCUCGAGUUACAUACGCUUCAGGUUACAGACUCUGCUAACCCAGAAAUAUUACCUUGGGUUAAGAACUUUGCUUCAGGAUAAGAACAGAAAUCGUGUAGCGGCAGCACAGCAGCAGCGGGAGGCCCCAUUAGCUAAAGUGGUACUGAAGGUUAAGAACAGUUUCAGGUUAAGAAGGGACCUCCAGAACGAAUUAAGUUCUUAACACGAGGUACCACUGUAAUAAUAAAAACAUAUGAAUCUGGCAUCGAGAAAUUGGAAAUAUAUUUCUCAAGCCCUAUGAAAAGACAUCUGAAUCACCUGCUCUCAACUUUUACUAACUUAUUUGAAGCCAGGAAAUGGUCCAUUUAAUUAUUAGUAAAUAUCUGGGAUGUUUUCCUGGCAAUAAAACCACCAGGAUAUUUAGGAAAGGGGCAACACUCAUGGAGUGCAUUCUAACUGAGCACAUUAUCUUUAGCGUUUGUUUACUUAAUGUGUUCUGCCAGUUUCUAAAUGCCUCAGUUAUCUAAUCUCUGUAGCAAUUCUCGGCUGUUAAUAGUGGCUUCCUGAUAACAGUUGUAAGAACUGAAUGAGAGCAGAAGUGUGAAUCUUUUCUAGAAAGCAGUAAGCAGGGAUAAAAUCAGAAAGUGCAUGCCUAUGCAUGUUUACUCAGAAAUAAGCACCUCUGUGUUCAGUCUGACUUACUCUCUAGUCACCACGUUUAGGAUGAGAGAUUUUGCUUCCUUCCAUAGUUUGCAUUUUACUAGAGUAGCAUCUUGCCUCUUGUGUGGAAUUAAUGAUUCUUACUGAAAUACACGUUGACAAAAGAAGGGUGGUCUUGCAUUGAUGUUGAGUGUGAAUAAUUUAAACAAUAGCAAGGAGUCAAAUAGACUUUAAAAUACUGGGAAAUGUUUGCAGAGUGGUGGUGGAGUAUUUGAAAAUAAGAGAAUAUCACAAGGGCAUCUUGAAUGUGAUGUUGGCCUACAAACCAUAACUUAUUCUGCAAAUAUGCUAUUUGUUAGAAAGUAACUUAUCUCAUGCUAGGUUUAAGAACAAUGAAAACAUCUCAUUGUUGUUAUAUUCAAUGGUAGAAAAAUGGAUUUCGAGGAGAGCAAAGUAGGAUGGGAGGGAAAAACCUGCUUUGUUUACGCAAAAUUCAUAUUUUCUCUUGCUUGUAUAGAAGCUGGAAAUUCCAGCCAUGCUCUCCCAGUUUUAGACAACGUAAGAAUGGCUUCUACCUCUGAGCCCUGUCUCUCAGAACCAAAUUAGAGCUUUCCUGCCAGUGUAAAUUGCAGCUUCAGAGGAGCAGAAGACUGCAGCACGGGAAGGAAGAUUUAACCCCGCUCUCCACCUGUGAUUGUGAUCCCAAUUAUUUUCCAUUGGCUGCUAUCAAAUGUAAAAAUGCAAAGAUGCUUUAAACAUCACACCUAGUUUUAUCCUAAGUACCACAAUGCCUGUUGGUUUUUACAUUUAAUUUCUGAAGAGUAUGGUGCUGAAUAUACACUGUUAAAUACAGAAUAAUCAAGUACAAGAAAAAAAGACAAACAUCAGCUUUUGAGCCAGGCAAAAAGAAUGCAAUCUAGAUGAAGUUGGGCACACCUAUGCCCACAGUAUGCUUCAAAUGUGGAUCAAAGGUCCCAGUAAAUUCCGUAAGUUGAAAGCAAGUUCCAUUAAAGGAACCUCCAAAUAAAUAUGCACUAGUGAGAGUGCCACUCCCAUAUUUCAGCAAGACUUAGAACUGUUUUUUUCUGGAGUUUGACUAAUAAUCUAAUACAGUGGUACCUUGGUUUAAGAACAGCUUAGUUUAUGAACAACUUGGAUUAAGAACGCUGCAAACCCCGAAGUAGGUGUUUGGGUUUGUGAACUUUGUCUUGGAAGCAGAACAUGUUCCGCUUCCUGUUGAGUGUAAGUUGAAUCCCCCACUGCUAUGGGAAAGCACACCUUGGUUUAAGAACGCUUUGGUUUAAGAACGGACUUCCGGAACCGAUUAAGCUCGUAAACCAAGGUACCACUGUAUACCUUUCUGCAGUGCUCUAAGCUGAAGUGGCGAAAUUCUGCAUCUAGGCAUUGAUGUUUCACUGCUUUGCUAACUUUCCAUAUAUUUCCUUUACAUUCUCAGUGAAGCUGAGGCAAAGUAUUUGCAUAUAACAGAUGCCUCAAACUGUUAUUGACCCCUAAUGCUUGAUGGUUUCAGUCUUUAGGGUAUGUGGCCUUUGACUGUGCCUAUUUGGAUGAAUUUCAAAUAGUGCCUUUUUAAUGGCAGCUGCCAUUUAAACUUACUGUAUUAUUUCAAAUACAUAAAAACUUGUUUUAUUCUGUAUUCCUGACCCCCAUUAUUCUUAAAAGGGUUUGCAGGGGUCAGCAAACUUUUUCAGCAGGGGGCCGAUCCACUGUCCCUCAGACCUUGUGGCGGCGGGCCAGACUAUAUUUGGGGGGGGGGGGAGAUGAACAAAUUCCUAUGCCCCACAAAUAACCCAGAGAUGCAUUUUAAAUAGGACACAUUCUACUCAUAUAAAAACACGCUGAUACCGGGGCUGUCCGUGGGCUGGAUUGAGAAGGCGAUUGGGCUGGAUCCAGCCCCCGGGCCUUAGUUUGCCUACCCAUGGUUUAAGGGGGCCAAAAAUUGUACUAAAUAGGAAAUUGACAUGCCAAGUAUCAUGACCAGUUCUUCUGAUGCACUGCAAGUGCCACUCCUAUGCAUUCGUAGCAAAGUUGCCUCUAAACAGGCAGAAAUACUUAAAACAAAACCAUUUCUCAUACUGACCCUUCUAUUUCCUUGUUUUCCUCUCAGGUUGGAAAUGAAUUUGGAUAUUUUCCAAAGGAUUUACUUGAGAUAAAUCACAUUUAUACCUAUGAAGAAUUAGAAUUGCCAACAGAUGUAAGUUAUUUGCGAGUUUCUUUUGAACUACACACUAUUCAAUUCUCAAGGCUCAGGAAUAUGCAUGGAUAAAUCCAUGUCUUUUAAAGGGCUCAUUUUAAAAACAGACCAUAUAAAUGAAGCCAGGAGAAGAAGGGGAAAGAGCAGAUUGAGAUGGAAAAAGAAGAAAAGCUGUUAUUUUAAAGAAAUAUUUUAAUUUUCUCCAGCAACAAAAUUCUCUGUAUUUUAGACCAAUAAAUUCCUCUGUUUGAGAUCCAGGAUCACCCCAGCACAAGCGACAAAACUUCUUCCCCCUUCCCCUCUGCAGCUUCCCACACACUAAAACAACAGCAGCAGCAACAACAACCCUGCUGUGGAGGGCCCCCAGUCUUCUGGAGCAGAUUUUGUGGGAGGCUGCGGGGUGGGGAGCCGAGGAAGGGGAAAUCCUGUUUGCAUAAGCAAAAUCCAUUGGGCAAUUGGUACAUCACAAUUUAUCAGGGUUUCUGUUCUGUAUAACCUGAUCCUAUGCCUGUGUCUAUAAAGCCUUAUUUCCAAAGAAGCAGGCACAGGAUUCUGGCACUAAACUUGUUCAAAAUCUAAAGGAGCUCUUACUAUCCAUUUUAAAUAGAUGACUUCCUUGUGGAUCUUAGUGGGAACAAUUAAAAUCUAAAUUUCAGCUAGGUUAAAGCAAGAUGCCAACAUAGUAGUAAAUUUUAGAAGAGAAAUUAUUUCCUUAAGUAACUAAGAUUAUUUAUUUUCUUUCAGGAAACAGACUUUGUUUGCUUUAAUGGAGGCAAGGAUGAUUUUGACAAUUAUAACGCAGAAGAGCUUUUAAAACUAUCAGAGGACAUGGUGGCUAGUGAUGCUGAAGCUCAGCUAGAAACUGAAAAGGAAGAGGAAACGGAAGAUGCUGAGCAUACAGAGUCAGUAGAACCAGAGAUUGAUGGUUCUGAAGUGGGCUCGGAAGUCGACAGUGAAGACCAUGCGAAAAUGGGUCAAAAAGACAAUUUUAUUUUUGAAAAUAACGAGAAUGUAGAGGGAGCUCUUGAUUCCAAGAGCAAGGACCUCACUGUAAAUAGUAACACAGACAAUCCUCAGGGAGACCAAAGUGCACAUCAGCCUUCAGAAGAAAUGCUGCAAGAAACAUUAAAAGUGCCAAAAUAUGAAAGUGCCAAAAACUCUAGUGUAUCUCAGGGCAAAGCUAAACAAUCAGAUAAUGGAGGCGAAGAUGAUGGCACUGACACACAUCUACGCCAACACGAAGUAUUGGAAGACUUGAAAACAACACUUGGCUCAACUGCAGAUGCCCUUGUGUCUGAUGAUGAGACGACUAGCCUUGUUACACCUCUAGAUGAUGAUUUCAGCGAAGAUCUGGGCAUUGACUCUUACGAUACAGAGAAGCUUGAAGAACCUGAGGAGCAGUCAGAAGAAAUCCCUUUGCUGUCUUUUACAAAAGAAACAAAAUCAUCAGAAGACCCAGAAGCUGAAGAGAAGCCAUCUGAUGGGGUUUUUGAAUCAGAAACUAGUGACCUUGACGAUGGCAUUGCGGAAGCUGCAGGAAGAUUUGUGCAUGAGAAAAAAGAUGACUCUAGUUUACUAACAAAUUUAGGCGAUAAAUUUUUUGCAAUUGUCAGUGGAGGUGAAAGAACAGUUGAUGAAACUGAUGGGGACAAGGAGGAGGAGGAGGAGGAGGAAGAUGAUGAAGAUAAUGAAGAAGUGGUCCUAAUCAGCAAGAAGGAAAAUACAGAUGUGUUAGCUGAUUCAAAAUCUUCAGCAGAAGAUGAUAGCAUCACACCAGAAAAUGAUCUGAUUACAAAGAAGAUACAUAAUGUAGAUGUUGGGGACCCUAAGGGGGAAAAACAUGAAACUCAGGACUACGAAGAAGAGUAUUCAAAAGCUGAAGUUGAACCCACCAUAGAAGAACUGCAAAGCACUUCUACACAUGAUUUUGGUGCCUUUUCUAAUUAUGGAGGUGGCCGGCAGCCUAAAGCAUCCAUGGGAGCUAAGGAAAAACAUUUAAAACCACCCCUAGGUGAUAUCAAAGAUGACCCAGAAGGGCUUUCUCUUCAUAAAAUAAUAAAAGAAAAGGAAACAAGAGAUGGUCACAUUGAAGAUAGCUUAGAAAACGAUACAAAACACAAAACUUUAUGGGAAAAAAUAGGCAAAAAAGAUGGCGAUGGUAAACAGCCAAUGAACAUUGUACCACACUUGGUAGAAGAGCUAACAAAUGAAUCUCAACCUGAACUGGGCGCUUCUGACCUUUUGGAAGGCAAAACAAAGCAAGACGGAGAAGAUCUUGAACUUGGGAAGGUGCUCAGUAAUACAAAGCAGUCAAAUGACUCUGCUAUGGAAAGCCUUCCCACAGAGGAAGAUACUGAAGUGCCUGGUAUCCAAUCUGAACAAGCGACUGUAACCCAGGAUUUAAAAAAGGAGGAAGAAGAGAAGAAAUUGAUUAUAGAAAAAUCCACGCAGGUUACACAACAUAGAAACCUUACUCAGCAAAACACGGAAGAACUUAAGCCUGUGGAGUUAGAUGCUGAAGAAGAUGAUUUCCUUGAAGUACUAGAAGAGGAGUUACUACAGGAUGAAAACGCAGUGAGCGCAAAACUGUCUAAAGAGAGACUUGCAGAUGAACAAAGUUUCACGUUAGGGGCUGAAAGUGGUACUACUCAGUUGCAAAUGCCAAAUGGUGCUAUUUCAAGAGCUGCUAAUCCUGUUGAUGCAAUAGGAGAAGAUGCAAUAACAACACUUGAGCAGGCCAAGAAAGAUGGCAUGGAAGAUUGGAACGAGGCACAGGAAGGAAUACAAAUAAAUAAAGAUUCUCAGCUGAGCGAGAAGGAAAUCAAAGAGGAAAAUCAGGAGGAAGUGGCGCCUCAAGUGAAAAAUUCUCUGCUUCAGGAAAAAACCCAGUAUAUACAUGAUAAAAUAAUGUCAAAUAAAAUAAAUACUUCUGAGUUAGAAAACAAGAAUGACUUUCAUGAAGAGUUACAGACCUCAACAGAGCACCAGUAUUCCAGUGAUGACUUUGGGCCUCAAGAGGUCUCAGAAAAAACAAAUGAAGCUGCAGAGCCAGAGUACAGUGAGUCUGUGAGGCAGCUCAAUAUAAUGAAAGAAUUUCUUGAUGAAAAACGUAUUGCACGUAUCCAAAAGUAUCUUGGACCGCAACAUAUCUUCAGGAUAGAAUCUUUGUUUCAUGACCUGGAGUUGGAGCUGAUGUUUGCUCAGAAACACACUGAUAACCAUGCAGAUACUGAAGAGGCAUUGGACCGGAUCCUUGAAUCUUCAGAGUCUAAUAUUCUGGAUGUUCUGAACAAAGUUUUAGAUUCCAGGGAGGAAGAAAAUAAAGAAGAAGUGAUCAAGGAAAUUGAUUUGUUUGAUGACGAAGCUGCCUUAAUGGAUGACAUCCAGGAACUAAUGUAUUCAUUAAGGCAAAAAUACUCUCCAGUUAGUGAGAGUGCUCCACUUGCCUCCCUUCCGGAAUCUGGGAUGGACUCUAGUGAAUCCAUUACAGGCAAGUCUUGAGUCUGCAGUCCUGUGCAUUCCUAGGAAUAAGACCCACUGGACUUGGUGGAACUUACUUCUGAGAAGAUUUGUGUAGGAUUGUGCUAUAUUUUGAGUUAUUGACAGGGCUACAAAAUAUGCCAGAAACCCUUGACGCAUAGGCACCUGCAAACUUGAUGCUGAACUUAUUUAAAGUGUUUCUCGAACCCUUGUCUAGGAUAAUUGCUGAGGAAACUUUUUAAGACAGCUGAUGAACUCUGAAUCAAAAUGAUUAAUUGAUCAGUGAAUUUAACAAAUUAACUAUUUUCAGAUUUAAAUCAUGGCAUUUUAUUCAGAAUGGAAUUGAAUGUGCUUCAUGUUGAAAGCCUUGAUGGAAAUACCCUGUGUACCUCUGCAGAGGGAGCUUAUUUUACAUUCAAAUGUGACACCCCACCUGCAGUCUGAAGGGAUACAGAAUAGUAUGCAACUGAGCUUUACUUAGAGAAGACCCACUGAAAUUAAUGAACAUGACAAAGUUAGGUCUAUUAAUUUUAAUUAGUCUACUCUGAGCAAAACUUUAGCUGAAUACCACUCACAAGGACUUUAGUGUGACAAGUGGGACAUAAAAAAAUAAAUAAAAAUACCAAACCAAGAACUAGCCUGUUUUUUGUUUUGGCUUGAGGCUUGUGAAGGCCAAGUGUGAGAACUUCAUUUUUACUUAGAAAGUCUCUAAUGGGAUAAGCCAGCUUGUCAUAUUAGCAAUGAGGUCGUUCUGUUUCCCAGACAGUGAUCUGGGGCCUGCAUGCAUAUUUUGCCACACAAAUUGACCACCUUUACGGUUGCUCAGCUGGCACUAUCUGGCAGUAAGAACUUCAUAAUUAUAGAACAUAUGUUCUUAAAAUGUUUGAUUAUUAUAUAUUUACUACAUUUAAAAUGAACAUGAGAGAUGAAGCAUUAAUUUGUGGAAUAUCAUGAUUUAUUAAAAUUUCAAACUCUUAAGAAUGAACUUGAUGACAAAAAGUUUUACCAUAUAUUUGUUUCACCACUAGUUUACCAACCUUGGGAUAGACAAUCGUAAUUUGUAUUCUGUGCUACUAAGACAAUAAAACAAAGACUGAAAGUUUGAUCAGUAUUGAAAGCCCCACUGAAAAUGGACUGCAUUUCCAGCUUCAUAUAAUCUGCAUAUCCAUGUUGAAGUUUUGGUUGCUAAUCCAUAACCAUUGGAAAUGUUUCACUUGUUCCUUUUGAGGAACAAAUGUUAAACAGCAGAAAUAUUUUGAGUUGGCAAGUCCUGACAAUGGCCUGUAAAAAUCCUGAGGCUGAAUAUAUGCUGGUUGUUUGUUGGUCAGUUCUUAAACUUUUAAGCUUAUCUCUCUAGUUGGAAAUUUAUUUAUUUAAAACGGAAGCUAGAAUUAUUCAAAGUGGUCAAUCUGAAACAACAAUAUGCAGCAAUGUUGCUGAAGCUAAGCUGGUCAGUUGGCCUGCACAGAAGAAAGUGUAUAUGUCCCUUGAGUUCUAUGAUGUAAGAAAGGCAGGAUAAAAAACAGAAUAAAUUAACAAAAGUUCACAAGUCCUGCAGGGGAUAGUGGCCAUUCCUACGAAAAAAAAGUGUUUCAUAUUACUAAUAUUUGUAUUCUGAAAAAAUGUUUAUAGAAAUCCCUAAUUCAGAGUUACUGAAAUGAAAGUAAUGUAUUUACAAACAAAGAAAAAUGUGAAAUUUAAUUUAAGAAGUAGGCAAGGUGCUGGCAGGUGUAUAACCUAACUAAACUAUAUACUUCUGAUCACUGUAGCUAAUGCAAAGGAAACCGAGCAUGACAGACCUUCUAUAGAAAGCCCUGUAGAGAACCCUGAUCAAGAGUUACCACGAGAUUUGGAACAGAUGUCAACAGCAAAGGAAGACAUUAUUCACCCAGAUGAACCGAAAGAACAUAGGAAUAUUUUGGAAAAGACUGGAACUUCGGAUGAAACAGAAAUCAAGGGUGUCAUUGACAGUGAUAAAAUAUUGCCAAUUGCGGAUAUGACUCUUACAUCAAUUGAUUCAGGAAUGGAGACGGACGUCGUUCCAGGUAACCUUUUUGAUAACUGUUGUUAUUUAACUUCUUUCUUUUAACAAAAAGCAAUGUAGUUUUUAAAGGAAGCAUACCAAAUGAUGUCUAUAAAGUAGGCAUACAGUGGUACCUCAGGUUACAUACGCUUCAGGUUACAUACUCCGCUAACCCAGAAAUAGUGCUUCAGGUUAAGAACUUUGCUUCAGGUUGAGAACAGAAAUUGUGCUCCAGCAGUGCAGCAGCAGCAGGAGGCCCCAUUAGCUAAAGUGGUGCUUCAGGUUAAGAACAGUUUCAGGUUAAGUACCGACCUCCGGAACGAAUUAAGUACUUAACCCGAGGUACCACUGUAUUUAUAUUCAAAAUGGUAUAUUUUGCUGGUGACAUUAUUGUAUAGGUUUUUAAAGAUUUCCAAUGCCCAGAGGCAUAUUUACAAAGAAAAAUAUAAAAACUUCUCAUAGAAUUGUAGAGUUGAAAAGGGACCACAAGGGUCAUCUGGUCCAACCCACUGCAAUGCAAGAAUAUUUUGUCCAACAUGGGGCUUGAACCUGCAACCCUGAGAUUAAGAGUCUCAUGUUCUUCCGACUCAGCCAUGAAUGAAAUUACUUAUGACAUUAAAGUCAACACCUUAAUUAAGCAACUUACUAUGAUUGCAGAGCUUCUGGUGCAUGUGGAGUUCUCCCAUCCAGAUGAGCUCUAGCUCAUUUCUGUAGAAAUGACAGAUGCCUCUGUACAUAUGGCGUUUUCUCCAUUUAAACGAGAGAUGCACAGAGGGCUCAGAAUUUGAACCUGUGUUAUAGAAAUCCUACCUUGAUAUGCUAGUGUAAGAUAAUCAAUGGUGAUUUUUUCACCAUUUUCAAUUCAGCAGACAAGAUCUUCUAAAAUUAUGGUCAUCAACAGAGAAAAUGUAUCUGCAUAUAAGUAAGGUUCUACAGACAAAUCUCUUUAGAUUUAGAAAGUUUUUCUCUAAAUUGUGGUAUGAUGACGGUAUUGCAUUAUGAGUGAAUCAGUAGUAUAUUUGAACUGACUUAACCCACUAGGGUGAAAUUCUAAAGACAUUUACUGGGACAUAAGAAUUACUAAUUAGUGAACAUGCUUAGAAUCAUGCUGUUAGGUUGCAAUAGUAUGUGCACUUACAGCACAAGCCAGCACAUAUUUACUCAAAAGUAAGUCCCAUGGAUUUCAAGACUUACUCAGAUUGACUAAUGAGUAAACAAGUUGCAAUAUUGAGAUGUACAGGUCUGGGGCUUGAUCUAGACACAUUGAAAAAAAUGUUUCAGGAAAAUGCGUUGUAAACCUCAUAGCGGGAAAUCAUGUUGGCGAAAGACGGGACUCCACAGUGCCAUCUGGUGUCACAGUGUUAUAACGCAUAUAAAAUGCUUUUUCUUCGCUAAUGUAGCUGUGUCCUGGGAUACACUUAAAUUAAGACUUAAGUAGGGCCUCUGAACAAAUAUACAGUAAUUGAUAAAUUUUGAUUGCCUCUUCCUGCAUAUUUUUGGACUAGAGCCUACUUGCAUGAAGUGUCUUCCUCAAUGUGUAAUGCACACAAAAUGUAGAAGAAAUGUAAACAGUGAGGGCGUAUCCUUGUGAAAUACAAGAAACUAGUCUGAAUUUUGACCAGUUUUUAUUGCUUUUAUUUAUUUAUGUAUGUAUUUAUUUAUUUAUUUAUUUCUUCUGAAGGGAUGUGGGUGAUGUACAACAGAAGAGAAAUGUGUUAAUAAUUAUGCCAAAAGUAAUGUAUGUCUUUAAGAUGCCUUUUUUUUGCUGAAAACAUUUAGUGAAAAUAAUAUAUGGAACUUUUUUUAACCUAAGGUAUAAUUAAUGCUAAGGAUGAUGCCACAGAAGAGAGUAGUAAUCCAUCAGAUGCAGACUCUACCGCUCCACAUAUUACUGCUGCCUUGGAUAGUGCUAUCUUAUCAGCAAAGGAAAAUAUGCGCCCCUUCACAGAGCUUGUGAGUACCUACUUAAUGGUGUAUAUAAUCAGUGUGGUGUUAAUGUCUAAAUACAUGUUUAAUUUAAAAUUUGUAAAGACGUUUAAGCAAAUUGAAGGGUAUGCAGCUGCCUGAUCUUGUGCAUAUGUGAGUCCCACUGUGGUUCGGUUGAGAUCCCUCCCAUGUAGAAAUACAAAGGAUUGCAGCCUUAUGCACCCAAGUGUGCUUGCAACAGAGUCCAAACCACGUUCACACAGAAGGAUGUUCAAAUACAGUGAUACCUUGAUUUUUGAAUGUCUCCGUUGACAAACAUUUCGGUUUUCAAACGCUGUAAACCCAGAAGUAAAUGCUUCAGUUUUCAAACAUGCCUCGGAAGUCAAACAUGUCAUGCAGCUUCCGUUUUGAGUAUUCCGUAUUGAGGGUUCAGCUUUCAAACGUUUCAGAACUCAAACGGUCUUCCGGAACAGAUUACAUUCGAAAACCGAGGUACCACUGUAAUUUCAGUGACAGUUGACUGCUGUUCCAAGCAUGUUUAACAGAUUUCAGCAAACACACACCUGGAACCCUCUGCAAGAAAAGCAGCAUGCAUGGCGAUGAUUUUUAGUUGUUGAAAACCAGCAGUAGGAACACCCGUGCUGCUCUCCUGCUCAAAAAAAGAGCCUUCAUUGCCUGUUCUUCCAGACUUCCCGUUAUAUACAAAUUGGUGGUUCCCCCCCGCCCCUUUUGCACACACCUGAAUGUAAAAGGUACGCGUUUGCUCUUGAAGCCAAACAAUUUUGCCUCCAAAGUAACUUAAACCAGUGCCGUUUGAGGAGCUGAGGCCUGUGGUCGCCUCCAGCCGUGCUCUCGCUGUAACUCCCGCUCCCCGUAUUAAGUGAACGGCUACAGCGCUUUCCUUCGGGAGUCAGAGUCCGCGGGAACGUGCUGCCACCCCAUUGCCAAGCCAACAGCACCCGUCCCGGUCUGUCACCGCUGCUCCCGCCCUGCCCGCCCUCACCGACUUCCGGCAAGGACCCGGCGCGGCCACCUUCCCUUCCGGAAUCUCCUUCCCCCUGACCUGCCGGCACGGGCCGAUGACGUCACGGGGUCGCUCGAGGGUCAGCGCGAGGUGACGUGUCCCUGCGGGGAACACAGGCGCCGUAUCAACGGUCGGGGAGAAAGGGGCCAAGUUCGCCGCCGCCGCCGCCGCCGCCGCCGCCGCCUCCUUCCCGUUCAGAUAGUGGCAAGCGUCUCUCCCCGCCCACCUCUCCCCAUAUGGAGUCCGUCAGUCCUCCCGGCGCCCCCGGUGGCGGCGCGGCGCUUCUCCUGGGGCCGCUGUCCCGCGGCUACGCUUCCCUCACGGGCCGCCUUCUGGAGGUGAGCCGGGGGCUGGCGGCGAGGCAAGGGGCGAAUCUCGGCGGGGUCCCAGGAGAGGGGGGGAGUUGUAGUCGCAGGGGUUCUUGUCGCCCCCUUCUCGCAGGGGGGCCGCCUUCCAGGGCUCUUCAUAUUUUAACGGCUCCGAGCGCCCGUUGGGGGCUUCCGUCGCACCUGGGGAAAGGACCGUGGCGGCGGCCGAGGGAUGCGGGUGGGGGGUUGGGUGGAGGUGAAAGUAACCCGAUGGGCCUUUAGAGACAGUGCGAGGAGAAACUAGGUGAAACUAGUGCUUAAGAUGACACACGGAGAAGGGGAAACGUGGGUUUCCAUACGACAGAGGAGGAUUUGUUUACUCCUUGCCUCUCUCUGCACCCCCUUUUGCAGGGCAGAUGUGAUUCGGCAGAAACGCUAGUCCGGUGCUGCUGCUGGGGGUGGGGAAUGUAAUGCUGUUUUCAAAACGCGUACACAGCCCAAAAACAAGUUGUGCCCUGAAAUGACUUUUGCAGAAUACAGAGUUCCAGUGGGGAUAAACCUGUUUAGAUCAGCUUUCGUAGUUCUUGCAAGUUCGUGGGCUCACAGGAGCUAGGAGUGUAGAGGAGAUCAGACAAUUUUCGAGAGUUCAGUAAAUGGCCCUGAAGUUGUAUCUUGACUGCUUUCUCUAGUCCCAGCCCCCAUUUUACAGUGAGUUGUUUGUAAAUGUUUGUGGCUCUGAAACCUCAUGCUCCUGUAUCAUGUAACCUCAGACUCUUCCGGGAAAUAAAUAAGGCAUACUUCCCUUCCACUUUGCUCUAGAAAACAUAAAUUAGAAUUAUGCACAUUUCAGUAAAGUUUUCAUGUUUGUGUCUAUAUGUUUUGGGAAAGAGGUCACAUAGAUCCUGUAUUGCUAUAUGUGUCAUAAGUUUCAGUAUGAGAAAUACUUAAUUCUUCUUGUGUGGAAAGUUCUAUAGUGACAUAGGAACCUGGAAUAAUUGUGUUUUGAGUUCUGUGUGAACAGAGUCCUAGUUUCUCCACUCCACCCCCUGUUUUCUGCGUAUCAGUACACCUAGUGAUGCAAAGGUUUCUGGGAAUGAAACUGAAAGCUUGUGUAACUCUCAAUAACAAGAUGUUGUAAAUGUGUGGUGUAAUAGCAAGCUGUCAAGGAUCCAACAGCUUUAAUUCAACAUACAUACCUUUGAUUCAACACACAACUUCAAAACUUAGUAAAGUAUGGGUUCUAAAAUGUACUUUCUGAAUUUUUAAGUAUAUAUAUUUUGAAAUUCUAAUGAGGAAUAAUGUAAGAAAACGAACAACUUGAAAGUUAUCAGGGAUUUAGACUUAAGAUUAUGUUAGGUUUAACUUGGCUAAAUUUAAAUGUGUAGGAUGUUGUUGUUGUUGAAGAAGAAGAAAUCCAACAGUUAACAGUAACAGGGAAUAUUGAUUUUGUUGUUGCUGGAAGAAUUAAAAAUUAGAAUUUCUUUAAGCAAAUUCAGAACAGAGGGAACUGCUUGUGAAUUCCUUUCCCACAACCCAGCUCAAACUGCCUUAUCUUUGGUGAGAGAACCCCUUAGAUUUUGUCAUACUUUACAUUAAGUCCUUUCUGUUCUGGUCUGUGUGCAUAUGAUUAGGCUAUAGUUUUUGGUUGUAAGGAUGAAGCUUGCCAGGCAUAUGAGACACAAUUGGGAGUGGACCCCAUUGAAAUUAGUGGACAUUCUUCUGUGUAAACUUUCCUACGAGUUUCUAUGCAUUUUCUAAAUAUGUACUCACUUGACAGCUUUUAAGAAAAAUAAAAUUUGCCAACUUUUUUCUUAGUUGGUUUCAACACUACCUGAAGACAUGCAGCCUGGUCCUGACUUCCAUGGACUUCCUUGGGAGCCCAUUAUUAUUACUGCCUUUGUGGGAUUUGCUACACUUGCCAUUUUCUUGUGGAGAAGUUGUCUAUCCGUAAGUAUAUUUUCAAGGUCAGAUGUUUACUGUACUGAUGUACAACUGUCAGAUGUUACUGUACUGAUGUACAACUGUCAGAUGUACAAGGUCAGAUGUUUACUGUACUGAUGUACUGUCAGAUGUACAACUAUACUGAUGUUUAGUUAUCUGGCCGAACUUUGACAGUUAUGAUUAUGAAGUCUUUCAAGCUUCAAUAUUUGGUGUCAAAUAUUUCUACCUUCAACAGUAAAGCACAUAAAUUUAUUUUAAAUACUUUUUAAUGAAGUGUUUUAACAGAAAACAAGUCAGUGCUGAACAUUUGUGUCAAAAGUGCCACAUUGACACUUACUGGAAAUGUACUGUUCUGCAGUUGCUAAAUCCAAUGUUAAAACUGAACAAUAAAUAGUAAUGGCAAAGAUGGAUCCUUGCUAGACAGUUUCAGUACUGAUAAUAUGGACAAUGGUCUACAUUCUCAAAAUAAAGGGAGAAGUUUCUAUAAUAUAUAUAAUGUGUGGCAAGUUUAUUAUUGCCUCAAAUUACAACAUCAUCAAUGAUAGAAUGGCUUGAUGAGCAAGCUUCAAACUGGUACUUUACUUGUUGCUCUUUUAGUUUCAAAAUCAAAUGUUUUUAAUUGUACCCACACAGUACUUGCAUAACCAGAACUUUGGCCUGACUUUGAAGCAGAACCUAAAAGCUUUUAUUAGAAGCUUGCUUGCAUAAUGUAAAUUGAUACUUGCAAUGGAAACCAUGCUUGUGUUGAUAUUUCUUAAAGCGGUUAUUGACAACCAUUUACUUUUCAUUGUUGAUAGCAUUAAUAAAAUGGCAUAAUCUUUCUCAUAAUGCUGUCUUUUAUCCAUUCCCUUUGUAGGUAAAGAGUAGAAUGUAUCAAGGUAGGAAUAUUUUGUCCUUGCGAUAUUGCAGAUUGUAUGGCAGGAUUGCUUUAUUGCUUAAUAUAACUUUGAGCACUUAGUAUCAGAAUUUAUUAUUUAAUACCACGUGUGUAAAGAGCCAUUUGGACACUUCAGUAUUCUGGCUGCUCUUUACUCUGUUGGUCUGGGCAGAUCAGGUUGUAAUCCAAAGAUUGCAUGUACCUGUCCCUUAGGUGUUUACCUGGACUCAUGGGAACUACCGCGUCUGUCUCUACAUCUUUGUGCUGUGCUGGAUUCUACUUAGGAGAAUCUCCCAAGGGUGGUUUUGUUUUUGUUUUGAGAGGGUGGGGAAAGCAGUGAGAAAGGAAGGCCUGAGAAACUUUGGUGCAUAUACAGGCCUUUGAAUCAUGCCUGUUUCCCAUAGCCCCCUUUGUACUGUCUGCCUAACUCUUUCCAGUGCAUCUUGAAUGUGUCUUUCCACACUACCUCACUGGAGCUUUGACAUAAUAGGUUUCAGUAUGAAGAAUAUCUUCCCCUUGAGUUCCCAAGAAGGGUCAUAAUGCAGUGUGUCCAUUAGCAUAAAAUGCAGGAGCUUCACACUGAAGCCUAAUAGAAGAUCUCCAGGGUGGGAAAAGAGCCCUUUUUUCCAGUGAACUGCAUGCACACUGGAGUUGACAGCCCCAGUUCAGGGAAACUGAACCUAAGUUGAAUGAUAGAUCCAUUAUAUAUUGUGAUGUCUAAGCUCACCAUUUUCAGCAGCUGACAUCAGUGUUGUGGGGUGGGAGCCAUGUUGGGGCAUUUUUUGUUUGUAAUUGUUGAGGUACAUGUGAUGUGUAAGGGUUAGCAGAGUAGCCCAGUUCUACAGAAAAAUGCUCCACAUUUGUCCCUAAUUUUCUUUUUUCUAGUGACAGAAAAACAACUUGUAGAAAAAAUUAAAACUCUCUUAAAAGAAAAGACAGAAAUCUUAGAAAAGAUGUCGGAAUAUGAUCAAAAGGUAGUGUGCUGUCUGCAUGUCUUUAUUAUUCUGAAGUUAAAAAUUUAAUAUCAGUGUUUGGAUAAUCUAAAAUGUGCGUGUCCUCUACUCUCUUUUAGUGGUAUAAUUGGGAAUAUAAUUUGGGAUAUCAAAAAUGAAAUUAAUGUUAAGUUUCUACAUUCCAUGUUUGUUUGUUUUCUUUUAAAAAGAUAAAAGCAGCCAAAGAAGCUGUGAACGAGGCCCAGAAACAAAACACAAAUCUCUCAGAUGAGGCUACAGGGCUUAAGGUAUGAAACAAGGAUUUUAUUCUUAUGACAGUUGUUUAAAAUAUUUAAACAAAAUAAACAUAUCUUUCCAUUGCUGUUAACAGGACACAAUCAGGGGGCUUAAAGAAACAAACCAUCUGUUAGACGAGCGAGUGAAAAAAUUGCACACCAUGCUAGAAACUGAGAAAGAGCACUACUCAGAGAAGCAGAAACAAGUAAGCAAAUUUUCCUACUUUGCUACUGGCUGUUGGCAUGUUUGAGAGUGUGGUUAAGCUCCUUGGAAAGGUGGUGGUGGUUAAGAACUUCAUGAACACUUGAAGAGGUGAACUUUUUUUACUUCAAUUUGACAUUAAAUUCUGUAAUCUGUUUAAUAUUUAAAUGUCAGCACUUACAAUUGAAAAGUCCAGUAACUCAUAUUUUCCAUUGGGUUUUGGAAACCUGACCAUUUUUGUGUGAUGUGGGCCUUCACUGCUUUGGAAUCCACACAAAUGGCUCUCGUCAGUCACACAUGCUUAGAAUUUUCCCUGGAAUGUUCUAUCUACACUCAUGCCUCCAAGCAUUAUUUUCAAUAGAGUUAAUGGUAACUUUUAAGUUAAUAAUCUUACAACAUUUAUAGAAUUGUAGAGUUGGAUGGGACCCCCAGGGUCAUCUAGUUCAACCCCCUGCAAUGUAGGAAUCUCAGCUAAAGAAUCUAUGAGAGAUAGCCAUCCAAGCUCUGCUUAAAAACCUCCAAAGAAGGAAAGUCCACCACCUUCUGAAAAGUCCUUUACACUGUCAAACAGCUGUUACUGUCAGAAUCUCCUUUCUUAUAGCUUGAAUCCAUUGUUUGGGUCCUACCCUCUGGAGAAGGAGAAAACGAGCUUGCUCCAUCUUCCAUAUGACAGCCCUUUAGACAGUGGCAUAGUGUGCGUUUUGCGCCCACUACCCACCUUGUGGGCGUUGUGCGAGAGGCAGCAGGUGGCCUUCGCUGCACCCUUGCGGUGGCUGCUUCUUACAGAGGUUGCCUGCUGGUUACUCUGUUUGCCCUCUCAGCUCAGUGAGCUCCCAGUGGGAGCUGCGGCUGGCACUCCUUGGCAGACGUGGCAGCAUCCCAGCAGUGCUGGAGCUGCAGCUGCAGCAGGCCUAGGAGGAGGGUGGCAGAGAGCAGGCCAAGCAGCCAAGCACAACCCUUCCCUGGCCACCUCUCCUUGGCCGCGCAGUGCAAGGGUGGGUGCUGGUGGACCCCAGGCGAGUGGGUGGCUCUCCUCUCUGCAUUCCCACCUCAGGGCACGCGUCUUGCCCAAGGAUACCCGCCAGGAGGGCGGCCCUAGGGAAGGACUGGUGUGGGCCGGGGGGAGGUGUCCCUUCCUUGGGACCUAAAGCAAACAUUGUGGCUCUCCAAAUGUUGCUGAACUACAAUACCCAUCAUCUCUUAUGGAGGCGGCUGAGGUUGAUGGAAGUUGGAGUCCAACAACAUGCCUGAUCCCUGACCUUAAUCAUACUGGUAAUGCUUAUAUUUAUUUAGCACAUUGCAGUAUUCAGAGUACUUCAUAGAGCUUAUUUCAGUCCUUGCAACAGUGCUAUAAAGUAGGCUAGUAGUAUCCACAUAUGGUGUUGGUGAGACUGAGAAAUAGUGACUUGUUUCCUAAGGCUAUUUAUGAAUGUGCUCCUGACGCAAUAUGAGCCGGCAUUCCAGCUCAAUAUGUAGUUACUAUGCUAUCUUUUCUUAUUCUGAGACUAGUAAAUGUGUUCCUCCUAUCUUUGAGGGGAUAAGGAACUUAUUUCUCAACAUUGGGUUUCAUUACAGAACUUGAAAUAAAUUAUAUUAGGUUGCUGGUAACCUGAUGGCCUGCUUAACUACCCAGUAGUUUACGUAUUACACAUCUCAGUAAAUGUAAUGUCAGUAUAGCUCUUUCAUUUUCAAGCCCAAUAUGUAUGCCUUUUUUAUUUCUAUUCACAGCUCACAGAAGCGCAGAAGUCUUUGGAGAACUUCCAAGAAGUCAUCACAUUGCAUUCUGUAGAGCUCUCUGAGGUAACACAUCUGGAUUUUGAAUUCAAGUCAAUCUUUGACCUGAUAUCAGCAUCACUUUAAACCACAGUUAAAAACAAAUUACUGUUCAAUGUGAAUGCACAAUUUGCUGGUGCAUGCUGCUGAAAAGUUCUCAUUCUGCUCUUCGCACUCCUGCUGUGCUACCAGGACCAAUUAAGUGUCUGGCUUGUCCUGAUGUUCAAAUAAACAAAUCUAUGAGCAAUAAACAAAUCUUGGUCUUGGCUUACUGCUUGCAGUUUGUUCAGGGUUAAUACCAUGAGCCUGGAUUUGAACAUCACGACAAGCGAGAAUCUGUCAUGUUUCAAGGUGGUGCAACAGAAGUGGAGGGAGGAAUGCUGUAGGAAUUUUUUAGCUGCAUGCACAUACAGCUUGUGCAUUUGUAUUAAACCAUAAUUUGUUUUUAACCAUGGUUUAAUGGGAGGUACGGUCUCCCAAGAUAAUAGAAGAAUCUAAAUUCUGAAUGUUGCGGGUUAUUAAAUUAUUCUGUGCUUUUUUUGGUGUAAGCUGGUAUUUUUAUGUGGUUUGCAUAUUAAACUUGAAAUUAUUGGAAUUUUUAGGUGCAGAUAGCUCUUAAUGAAGCUAAACUAAGUGAAGAAAAAGUGAAGUCUGAAUUGAGUCGUAUUCAAGAAGAGAAUACGAGGCUUAAGAAGAGUAAGGAGCAAGUGAGUGUGCCGUUUUUGUUAAACUGCUGUUCUUCAUAAAUUAGGCUUUGCUUUGUGUACAUAUCAGACCAAGUUAAUUCUGCUUGAAAAGUUUGCUCAUUUUAAAAUAUUGAGGGGCAUGAGUAGUUGUUGAUAUCCAUCUGUCUCAAAAGACAAUGGAGUGCACCUCUGCAGGUGAAGUCUAAACGCUGUGUUAUCAGCACCGAAGUGACCUCUCUGGGAUGUGAGCCUGGGCAGUAUAUAUGGAGGUCCUGGACGACCCUCCUCUCGGCCUCACUGAUGUGGUCCAAAGGAAAGCAGAGCAAUAUGUUUGGCACCAGCUUGGCUGGAGUUGCCGGAAGGAGGCGUACAAGACGCAAUCCAACCAUCUUAGUGACUCUGCUCAGAUUUUGUGUAGGCUUUAUUCCUUAGCCUUUUCCUCUCCUGAAGAUAUCCCACACAAGGCAGCAGAAGUUUAGGCUUAGGGUUUCCCCUCUCCUAGAUGGGCUACCUUCUCAGGUUAAUAAGCCCCAUCUGCCCCUUACUUCCCCCUACAGCAUGUGUAGAAACCACCUUCUUGACUGUUGGACCCACUAUUGGUCUCGUGCAGUCAGGGAUUGGGCAGUACCUGGGCAGCACUGGGGAAGGAGACAAAGGACAAUGAAGAUAGCUAGGUGCUGCUGUGAGUGUGGCAAACUCUAGGGGAAACAGUUGACCCCUAGGAGCUAAAGCAGGGAUGGGAAACCUUUUUUCUAUUUGAGGGCUGCCUGACAGCAGUGGGCAAAACCAAAACCAAUGGUGGCCAGGCCAGGCUUGUGUAACUCAUUUCACGGGAUGGUUCCUUAUUUAGUAAAAGCCGUUUUUAAUAUUUUUCCUUGGAAAAGCAGUAUUGGGAACAUUUUUUGCCAGUUCUGUUGCCAUCAUAAAGGCAUUGCUUAAUACCUUCCUCCUUUAGCAGAACAAUGUGGGAGGAAUGCAAGAAUAGGGAAGGAAAGGAACAAGAGUCUGAUAACUCUGGGGCAUAAAACUGGCUGAAGGUUUCAUCCGGCCUCUGGAAUACGCAUUGUCCAACCCUAAGCUAAUAGAUUGUUGCAAUCAGGGAUGGUGAAUUUCUUUGGAGAUUCUCAGCAAAAGGAAUACUUUAUAUCUGUAAUGCAAGUGUCAUGCUUAUCCGUUAGCUGAGAUGGUAUUGUUUUGCGUCCCCAUCUGUGCACAGAGGUUAAGGAGCAGCAGCAGUCUUUGUAGAUGUAUUUGACCCUAGAUAUAUUUGACCAGUGCUUUUUUUCCUUGGGGGUACGCAUACCCCUAAACAUUUUGUGAAUCUUUGUACUUUUGUCCAUUUACUGUAUUUAUUUCCCCCCCGAUUUGAACUAUAAAAUGGUGAUUUUCUUGAGUCAAAAUGAGAGUACCCCUAAACUUUUUUUUUUUAAGAAAAAAAGCACUUUAUUUGACCAUAUCGAGCUUCACACUUUCUUUUAUUAAAUCCUUUGCUUAUAUCACAAGUACAGUUCUUUACAGUGAAUAUACUUGCUGUCCUGUUUAAAGCUGGUUAUUGCAAAGACAGUUUGGAACCCUAAUGCUAGGAGGCUGAUUUCAUUGAUCUGUGAGAGAAUGAAACCGGAUGACGGUGUCUCUAGUUCCUGUGACUGGCAAGAACAGCUGCCCACCCCACCCCCACAGCCAUGCUCAAUGUUGUUCCUGUGCAGAUUCUCAGUGUCCGGAAGGUCAUUUCUGGCCAUGCUCAUCAGUGUCUUCCUAACUUAAAGUUACAUCCAUAUGAUGCCAGAACAUAAGUGACAAGGGGAAAGCACAUUGAACAAGAAAUACAUUUUGACCUUGAGAGAGAGAAAAGGAAAGCUGAUGAGAAGUCCAGGUCAAACUUCCUUAGUUGAUGAUUCCUAGACUGUUGAAGAAAUUACCAUAGCUGUAUCAGCUGUAGUUAUCAGACCUUCUCUUCCAAUGACUUCUGGCAACAUGUUAACCUUUUGUUACAUUGAUGAUAUUGGAGCUAGAGAAGAUGGAAGCUUGGUAGAAGUGAAACAUGAAUGCACAAUUGUGGGGAAAUAAGUGGUUAGGGACCCGGGUGGCGCUGUGGGUAAAAGCCUCAGCGCCUAGGACUUGCCGAUCGAAAGGUCGGCGGUUCAAAUCCCCGCGGUGGGGUGCGCUCCUGUCGCUCGGUCCCAGCGCCUGCCAACCUAGCAGUUCGAAAGCACCCCCGGGUGCAAGUAGAUAAAUAGGGACCGCUUACUAGCGGGAAGGUAAACGGCGUUCCGUGUGCUGCGCUGGCUCGCCAGAUGCAGCUUGUCACGCUGGCCACGUGACCCGGAAGUGUCUGCAGACAGCGCUGGAUCCCGGCCUCUAGAGUGAGAUGAGCGCACAACCCUAGAGUCUGUCAAGACUGGCCCAUACGGGCAGGGGUACCUUUACCUUUACCUUUAAGUGGUUAGGAAACUCCACCAUAGGAGCUGCCAGCUACAAUAUUUACUUGUGUAGAAUAUCUACAUCUUCAUUUAUAUUCCUGAGAAGCUCUCAAGAGUAGCUUAUAGAAAAAAUUCUCACCCAAAAUGAUGUCCCCAUCUGGUUUUGGGAACUCUCUGUGGUUCUCUGACACAGUGGAGUGGGGAUGAACAGCUGGAUCGUGCUCAGGUUAUGAUGAAGGCAAGUCUCCCCUUGCUGACAGUUGACACUGAUGGGCAGCAGCUCCUACUGAGGUCAUUUGAGGCAAGGGAAUAUACCGUAUACAAUACACUUACAAUACACUUUCUCAGUAUAUUGAUAAAUUGGAGAAGGUGGAAAUGUUCAACAAUGAAUUCUAAAGGAAAUAUUGAUGGUUAGAGAGAUGCUGAAGAUGCAUGUUAUGGUUAGGUGAAUCCUAUCCUGGUUUCCUUUAUGUAUCGGGUGGGUGCCUUGUGGUAGCUUUAGAAAUGUUAUUGCUCCAGGGAGAACAUUAAAAUGCUGAUCCUCUGUGCAAUCCACCCACCCCUCCUGUUUUCUGGUUUUAUUAUAAGAUGAUAUCUAAAUAUAUCAGUUAAAGCUGUGCUUUCAUUUUAAAGGAUUUUCUGCAUGGCUGCAGAUGAUCGUUCUUUUGCCUGUGCCUCCCCUCAUUAUGAGCCAGCAUUAUUUUUUAAGGGGUGGCAUGUUCUUUUUUGUUUUGGCACAACUUUAACUUUGACAUAUCUAGCCAUUCUGGUGUAGUUUUAAAACCUGAUGGCCUGAGUUAUAUGAUGUUUGUCAUCCCAGUAAUAUUGUUAAUAUUGUACUUGUGUUCUUUCAGCUGCUGCAACAAGCAGAAGGCUGGAGUGAGAGGCACAGUGAGCUCAGUGAACAGAUCAAGUUGUAUCAGAAAUCUCAGAAUGAUAUGGAAGAAGCACUUGCCUAUAAAGAAAAUGAAAUUGAAGUAAGCUCUCUUGAAGAACAACUUUCUUCUGUGUUCAUGACUGUGAUUGAACUACUACACCUAAUGUUGUGGUCCUAUAGUUUAAAAUUUGGCUUUUUGCUGCUGCUUUAGGUUUUGACUAACUGCAUUAUGCAGCUGAAGCAGCUUGAUGCAGAAUCUGAGUCAGAAGGCAAGAGGGAUGAUGGAAAUGAUCUGGCCAAUGGAGAGCUCUCAGGUACUAAAAUCUUAGAUAACCUGGUAGACCAUUCAAGCAGCUAAUCUUGAGGAAGCAGUAGCUGAAGACUCUUAGGGGCGAUGGUACACAACAGUGAAUAAUUAACAUCUGUUAUGUGUCAAAUAGGAACAGAUACUCCUAAUACAAAAGACCAGAAAUUAAGAUGAUGUCCAUCUAACAUACUGGCUGUGUCACUGAGAAGUAAAUUUCUCAACUCUGAAUUAUAUCUAUAAUGUGAGCAAUUCAUCAGAUAAAUAACUGGAUUGGAUUGCCAUCGUGAUCUGCCCUUUCUUGAGUCAAUUGUGAGCAUCAGUAGCUUUUAAUUCCUAUAAUUGAAAUAUUUUCCUGCUUCAUGUUGAAAUGUGUUGCUUUCAUCUGUACACUUCUAGAUAUGGAGAUUUCCUCUUGCCAUGUUUUGAAAAUUUUGCUUAAACAGACACAAUGAAAAUAAUUUUUCUCCCUUCUAGAUACCAGGAAUGAAAAGAUGAAGAAUCAGAUUAAACAGAUGAUGGAUGUUUCAAGGGUAUAACACAGAUGCUUCCAAUCUUUUGGGGGCAGUGGGCACAUUUGGGAUUCUUGAAGUGUCAUAGCAGUUUCACAGAAUUGCUGCCAUGGGGGCAUGUACCUUCAUAAAAUGGCUACUGUGUGGGCAUGCCCAGGCACAAAACACCCAUUUCAUAUAACACAAACUGGGUAGGCUGAAAGAUAACUAUCCCACGGAUCUGAGUCUAAGCAGAGCCCCAAAAUACAAAAUGCUUUUGAGCCCAUGUUAACACAGAUCCCUUCCCCUUACCCACCAUAGUGUAGAAGCUCACAAAAAUCUGAAACGCCUUCAGUAAUAUUCCACUAGUUAUAGCAGGCCUCAAAGGUGCUGUGAGAGAAUCUGGGGGCAGUUUGGUACAUGAAGUAACCCCAUGAAAACAUUGUUUUGGGUAAUCAAUAUGGCCCAAGUUUGUAUUCCAGGAGAGUGUUUCACUGGCCAUUUGUUGCCUUUUUGCAGGUAAAAACAACAUUAUCUAUCAUUGAAGAAGAAAGAGAUCACAUGCGGUCCAAACUUAAUGAUGAAGUAGCAGCAAGGCAUGAGUUGGAAGGUGUGUUCAGCAGAUAUAUAAUUUGGAAUGACAAGUUAUUUAAAAGAAACCACUGCAGUAACUCAUCAGUUAAGGGGGUUCCCAUUUCCAUUCAUUAAUAGACUAGAAACCUUGGGGCACAAGAAUGGUUGGUUAGUUCAAAUCAGUCAAUGAAAUCCAUCUGCUUUACCCUGCUUUUUGUCCCUAAUACUUCCCUUGCCAGUGUGUAAUGAUGUGGUGACGAUAAAGACUACAGUCAACCACUUAGAUCUCUCACUGUCUCAGCUCUAGAUCCAGCAACUGCAUUCCCCAUUGGCUGGCAUUCAUCAGCCUUCUAGAUAUUCUUUGUCUGCUCAUUUCCUUCAGGCCAAGAGAACAUAGGGCCUAGAAAAAGGGAACAGUUGUGCAUACUCUACUUUUUCCACUCCCUGUUGUGUUUGCAGAUUCCUGGUUUUUGGCUGCUGACUACUACUUCAAACUAUCUUACUUCCCCUAGUGCUUACAGCAUCUCCUUAUCUUAAGCUCCGGGGAAUUUCUUUACAGCCCUUUCUUUGAUAGACUGCAUUUUGCUUAAUUCAUGGUCUUAUUUCUGCCUCUUUCCACCUACCCUUCUUUCAGCCUCCUUACUUCAGGGCUCCAUCUUUCAGUCCUCCUCUUUAUGUUGGGACCUCUUCCAAGUCACUGGCCUGUCUUAUUUCCACCCAAAUUUGCAGUUUUUCCUUCUGUCAAAGAGCCUGGAGUGAAAACUGUCUUGUUUCCUGAGCAAUUGAAUGUUCUGUGUCACCGUAUCUUAGCUCUCACAAAUGUUGUACUAAAUAGGUUUGUCUUAUUGCAGAGCAAAUCAAGAAGCUGGAACAUGAUUCUUGUUCCUUGCAGAGAGCAAAAUCUCAGCUAGAAAGUGAAUGUAAAACUCUGCAACAGAAAGUGGAGAUUCUCAAUGAGCUUUAUCAGCAGAAGGAAAUGGCACUUCAGAAGUAAGUACUGGGCUUUUUAAAGAUGAUAAAAAUACCCCAAAACAUGGUAUAAACCAGUUUACCCCAAUCUGGCACCCUUCAUAUGUUUUGGAUGACCUCUCAUCAACCCAACCAGCAUGGCCAAUUGUCAAGAGAUGAUAGGAAUUGUAGUCCAACAGUAUUUGGAAGAAAUAAGGUUCUGGAAAGCUUGUGUAAGCUAUAACAUCAUUUUGCUCCUUUUCUGUUUACCUUUCAUAGAAUCUUGGAAGGGACCCAAGGGUCAUCUAGUCCAACCCCCUGCAAUGCAGGAAUCUCAGCUAAAGCAUCCAUGACAGAUGGCUAUCCAACAUCUGCUUAAAAAACUCCAAGGAAGGAGAGUUCACCACCUCUCAUGGGAGUCUGUUGCACUGCUGAACAGCUCUUGCCAUCAGAAAGUUUUUCCAAAUGUUUAAUCAGAAUAUCCUUUCUUGUAACUUGAAGCCAUAGCCUUGAGUCUUAACCCUGAAGAGCAGGAGAAAACAAGCAUGUUCCCUCCGCCGUGUGAUAGCCCUUAAGAUAUCUGAAGAUGGCUAUCAUAUCUCCUCUCAGUCUCCUCUUUUCCAAGCUAAACAUACCCAGCUUCUGUUUUUUCAGCCAUUCCAAUAGGGCUAAAAUUGAUCCCCAUAGCUGCAAAUAAUUUUUUAAAAAAAUUUUUUACCCCACCAUUAAAUCAAGGAGAGGCUGAAACGCCAAUUGACAAUUUGUCAUGGUUGAGGACUACCUGAAACAUGGAGUUGUGUAAGAGUGAUACAAAAGCUUUAGAACUUUUUCCAAUGCUGUCAGGUUGUGUCUGGCCACAGAGGGUUAAUUAUACCUAAAUUUCUGCUGUAGGAAGUUGUCACAAGAAGAGUAUGAGCGUCAAGAGAAGGAUCAGAAGCUCUCUGCUGCAGAUGAAAAAGCAGUCCUGGCAGUCGAAGACGUGAAAAAAUACAAGUAAAUAGAUCGAUUGAUGAAUGUAAUGUCUCAUAUUUUCAGACAGUGAGCAGAAGUAAUCUCUCAAAUUCUUUGACAGAAAGAGAAUUGAUGAAAUCGUUGAAGAACUGCAACAAACAGAGCGAUCUUACAAGAAUCAGGUGUGAUGCUAUCCCAAUAAAUCUUUCUGAAGCAGUAGAUGUAGGAUAUAAGCCAAUGUGCAGACCCAAAUAAACUUUUCUUCCUUCCUUCCUUAAUGUUUUAAGAUUGACAUCCAUGAGAAGAAGGCCCAUGAGAACUGGGUAAGGAUUUUAUUAAAGCAUAUAAAAAAACCUUUUCAUUUAGUUGAGCAGGGCAGUUAAUGCUUUUCGCAGAGCAGCAGCAAUUAGCCUUUAAUUAGCUAUUUUCCUAGCAGAACGUGACUUUCACUAUUUUUUUCUAUUGCAGCUCAUAGCACGUUCUGCCGAAAGGGCAUUAGCUGAAGAAAAAAGGGAAAAUUCCAACUUAAGGCUCAAGUAAGUAUGUUCUCUACUUGGUAACUGCAAAAGGUGCUUGGUUUUAUAGACUGCCACUAAUACUAAGCUGGGACGCGGGUGGCGCUGUGGGUUAAACCACAGUGCCUAGGACUUGCCGAUUGGAAGGUCGGCGGUUCGAAUCCCCGCGACGGGGUGAGCUCCCGUUGUUCGGUCCCAGCUCCUGUCAACCUAGCAGUUCGAAAGCACCUCACAGUGCAAGUAGAUAAAUAGGGACCGCUCUCCGGCGUUUCCGUGUGCUGCACUGGUUCACCAGGAGCGGCUUAGUCACACUGGCCAUGUGACCCGGAAAGCUGCGGACAAGCGCCGGCUCCCGGCCUCUUGAGCGAGAUGAGCGCGCAACCCCAGAGUCGGUCACGACUGGACCUGAUGGUCAGGGGUACCUUUACCUUUACCUUUUAAUACUAAGCUAUUCACAUCUGCAGGUUUCUUGGUGAAAAUGCAUAUUAUUUAAUGGCAAAUUCCUUCAGCGACUUGCCGACUUUCCCCCCACAUUGUGGGGGUGCAUCAUGUGAUGUGUUAUGUUACACAUCAUGUGACGUGUCCUGCCCCACCUAGCGCUCGUGCGCCACACCAAGACGCUCAAGCAUCCUGCUGUUGCGAUGCCAGCACUCCUGUGCCAGGUGGAGAAUGGGAAGCGCAAAGCAGGGCUCCGUGCUCAAGCUCUUCCCCACACAACAUCUGUGGGGCUACAGGAUUUUGGGGGAGCCCAGCCCCCUCCUUGGAAAAAUGUUGGGGGCUGAAGACCCCUCAGCCCCCAACCACAUGGCACACCUGCUUCAGCACUAUAUCGUACAAGCAUGAAUGCACUUUGAGAUUAAUUUUGGAUUUUUUCCCCUUUAACAGAUUAAUAGAGAUGGAUCAGAAAAUAGCUGCGCUUCAGAGACCACUAAUUGUGAAACCAACUGCAGGCCGACCAGACCAUCAAGCCCCGCCUCGCAGAGGUAAAUGCUCUGUUCACCUUUUGCUAGGGAUCUGAAAUGUCAAGCCUAACCUUUCAGAAAAGGAAAUAAAUAGUUGACACCAGUGACCAUGCUUUAUUACAGGUCCAUUAAGUCGAGAUGGAUCCUUUGGGCCCUCACCUGUGAGCGGGGGAGCUCCUUCCCCACCGCUGAUGAUGGAACCCCUUGGGCGGCCCCUUUCUGCCAAUCCAAGAGAAGGUUCAAGAGGUGAAGAUGACAAUAAAUCAAUCCUUUUUCUUUUUUCCUUAGGUUGUCUUGCUAUAGAAGCCUUCUUUAUUAUCAUUGAUCACUUUAUAAAAGUUUAAAGGGCCCGUUUUUUAUUUUUAAAGGGCCCGUUUUUUAUUUUUACGAAAUUCUCUCACUUUUCCUUCUUUGGUUUAAGAAUGAAAAUAGUAAAAAUAACAAAGCAGUCCUAAAUUAGCCAGAAUGGCACACUGUGUUUAAAGAUGUUGGGUUAUAAUCCAGUUAAUUUUAAGCCUUUUCUGUCCUGUUGACCUUAAUAGGAAAAUAAAGCACCUUAUUUUUUGCUAGCAUAUGUGCACAGUUUGUAAAUGGAGUAAUCCUUAAUGCCACAAUGCUAUGCUAAUUUCUGCCCUUUCUCCAAGGAGUUCAGAAUGGUGUGCAAGGUUUUCUCCCUCCCCCCUUUUAUCCUCUCAAACCUGAGAGGUAGUUUAGGCUGAAAGUCAUUGGCUAAGGUUGCUCAACGAGCUUCCUGGCUGAGUGAGUGUUUGAAACUGGGUCUCCCUGGUCCUAGUCCAAUGCUCAAACCACUGUACGCGUUACUGUUCAGGGAGGAAGGGAGUGCAUAGUCCAGGUCUCUAAACCAGAAGUAGGGAAUAUGUGCUCCUCGAGAUGUUGCUGAGCUACAACUCCCAUUCUGUCUGACAAUUGGCUGUGCUGGCUGGUGCUUAGAAGCCAUUAGGGCAUGUAAGUGGUAUAUAAAUUGAGAAAUAAUUUUUAACAAAAUGUGCAUACCACUUAGAAGAACAAAAUAUCUCUAAGUUGUAGACAAGCAACAAAUGGGUGUCCACAGAUUCCUCAGCAUUGCUCCAAAUAAUGCUGCAGAAAUAACUGCUCACCAAGCUAUGAUUUCCUGAAGACAUUCUGAACUAUCUAGAAGAAUGUUCCAGGGAAGACCAGAGACUGCAGCUAUACUGAUGGCAGGUCAACUGAGAAAGUGCAUUUCUUUUCAAAAUGGUAAAAAAUAUGUGGUCUUUCUCUUUAGAGCUUGGCCCUGCUGUAGCAUCCCUAAUGACCUGUGGGCCAAGGACAUCAUCUCCUGCUGCAGUAGUGGAUGGAAUGGUAAGCAAGGGGCAGGGAGGUUUUAAAAAAAAAUUCUGAGAUGGCAUUUUGGGAAGAACCAUGUGUGUUACCCCACUGUACAGGUCUCAUCACCUCUUACAUAUCAUGUUCUUAUUUUGUCUAUCAUCUUACUGUCUUUAUGUUGCUGGGGGGGAAAUAAAGCCAAACCCUCCUAAAGAGCCUGAAGCCCCCUGUGUUUCUACUGCUCCACCUACAUCUGUUGAAGCAACUGCAGUGAGUACCAAGAGGCUGGGAAUGGUGCUUUUGCUUUCCCUGGUUUGAUGGAGAGGAGCAUGAUGCUUCAUAUCUUGGCAUGGCAAAAUGAGCCCCGUGAGACUCAUUUUAGGUUACAACUCUUCUGGGGCUUCUUGACUUCCUAAGGUUGCAUACAUUGGUGAGGGCAGCUAACAUAUACUACAUUUUUAAAAGCUAUGCUUUGGUCCUGAGUUAUUUUCUAGAAAUCUAAUAUAGUAGAUAUUUGAGGCUUUUUUUUCCCUUGGGUACUUUUUGGAUUUCUUUGUGUUUAAAUUAACUGUUUGUUUGGGUUUGCUGGUGCUUUAAGAAUUACUAACUACAUGGAUGAUGGUUUUAGGUGGUUAAAUAUUCAGGAUUGUCACUUAGUUGAAACACCUGUUUUUUGUUUAGCCAGAGUAUUCAGGAAAAGGAAAAUCCCCAUAGCAGGGGUGGGGAACGUUUUUCAGUUCAGGAGCAGCAUUUCCUUGUGCGGUCUGCAUCCCAAUCAUGGGUGGAGCCAGAGGCAAAAGUAGGUUGGGCAGUGGAUGAGAGUCUUGCCUUUGUACAGCAGGCUACAUUCCACUCAAAAUUUGAAGACUGCUACACACACAAGACUCUCCAUUCUCCAUUCAGGCAAGGAACAGGCAUAGUCUUAACCAGGCAAAAGUACUUGAUGGGCACUGAAAAGGCUGUGCAAGGAGGAGUUUAGUCUGAGGCUCAUUUAGAGAGGUUUGGAGGGCUGCAACUGGUCCCCUGGCCUGAGAUUCCUCACCCCUGUUUGGUAGUAUGCAGUGAAAACGAGUUUGAAAAUACAUAGCUUUCAAACACUUAACAUUUUUGGUGGAAGAUCAGUUUUAUAUUUCGCUGGUGUAUAUAGUAGAAGACUAACUUUUCUGUCUUACACAGGUUAACAUGGGUCCUAAAGGCCCACCACCUUACCCAGGGGCCCCCGUAAUGGGACCGCCAGCAGCUGGACAUUUGCCACCACCUCCAGUUCGUGUGGGACUUCCACCCCGGCUACCCUAUGGACCUCGACCUCUUCCCUUAGGUAUGCUUGUUUUUCCAUUGUGCUUUUUUUUUUUUUUUUUUAAAAAAAAGAUGUUUAUUUGAAUUGGCAUUACAGGUUCAAGAAUCUUUCUCACAACCUGUUGCAGAACAAAGUUAUCUUUGCGGCAAUGAGUGAGUGGGCAGGGGUGCCUCAUGGUGAAUUUGUGAGAGCUGAGCAAUGUUAGCAAUACUAAUUUGAGAGCCAUAACCUGCUUUGAAUAUUUGGCUGAAGUAUUUCAUCUGAAUAUUGCCUUGAUAGAUUUGGUGAGUCUAUUGAUAGCAAAGCACAGUUGUAACUAUGUGGGAAAAGGACUGGAAGUGACAAGAGAGGCAUGCAAAAUACAGAUGGUUCCUUUUCUGAUAAAUGGAACAUUUUGUUGUCUGUUCACAUAUUAUCUGCCAGGCAUAAAGGCUUCAAAUAUGCUUCUUUAAAAUGGAAGUUGGUAAACUUGGAAUUCUGUGCCUGCUGUUUGGUUUCUGCCAAAUUUCUGGGGUGAGAUUGCAUGUACUUCCUGCCAGUGAAUAAUUCACUGUGCUGCUUUUCCUUCCAGUACGUGGAGCCCCUCCACCACCUCUUCCAAGAGACUAUCCACCUGUCCCUCCAUUUGGAAUGAGAGACUUUCCACAUGGUCCACUACCACCUCCUGAUCAGAGAGUAUAUCAGCGCGGACCUCCUCCUUUCCGGCCUUCAUACCCAAGAGAUUAUCCUCCAGGCCCUCCACGGCUACCUCCGCAAGGAUUAAGGGACUACCCCCCUCCUCCUGCCAGAGACUUGCCACCUUCAGGACCCAAUGACUACCAAGGAGGUCCUUCUGGUCCCCCAUCCCCAGCUAGCUCACGGGACUCUGCACAUCAUGCUGAAGAGAAACCAUGACUUUGGAUUUCUGGACUGAUCUCCAUCACGUUUCAUGUGGGGAGGAUUUCAUUAGCUUCAGAACCAACUCUUCUUUCCUCCUCUGGACUUGGUUUCUAUGUAGCUUUUUUCUUUCUUUCUCCUUUGCAGAAAUAAUUUCUCUAGCAACGCGCAUUUGAUCACCUUUAAAUGAGGACUUGUUCAUCCUCUUGGGAUGCACAUAUAAUUUUUCUGUGAUGAACCUGAAGCCUGCUUCUACAGCUGUGGCUGACCUGCAGCUCUCAACGUGCAAUAUAUGAAAGUACCUGUGUGGUUAGUUUUUAAUUAAUGUAGCCUAUGUAAUAAGUUGGUGAAUGAUUUCAAAAUGAUAAUUUGAACAUUUCCUGUGGAAAUACCUUUGGUAAGAAAUGCUACCCCUUCACAUAUAGCCUACAGUGACUGUAGACAAGUGGUUUACAUAAGGAUUCUAAUGCAGAUAUUUUUAAACUACCUGGUAUGAAAGACCAGAAACAAACUACUCUGUACUGGAAGGACAGAUCUACUAAUAAAGUGAGCAAGAUCUCUUUCUCUUUUUUUGCUACAUCUAGAAGAA